GCAUUGUUUUUUCUUUUUUUUUUUUUCUGGUCCUCAAUCAAUGCAUGGAAAUUUUAGUCUGUUUGAUUGUGGAUAAUUUAUUAAGUGUUGAAUUUUCUAUGCCGUUACGAUUACGGAAUUAAAUUUCUCUGUGGCGUUCUCCUAUUUAUUCCUUCAGUUCAGGUUAAGGAUAGAAUCCCAAUUCUUGACAGCAACAUGCCAAUUUCAACAAGUUCAUCGGUUCUUGAAAAUGCAGGCCAACAUAUCCAAAUACUUGAUGCGGUUCAGGAUUCAUAUGGAGGAGUCACAGUAAAGAUAGACAAGCCUAUGGAUUCCAAGGUGUUUGCUUCUGUGCUUAGAACAUCUUUAUCAUAUUGGAGACAACAGGGGAAGAGGGGUGUUUGGAUUAAAUUGCCAAUUCAACUGGCUAAUCUUGUAGAACCUACAGUAAAAGAAGGGUUCUGGUUCCACCAUGCCGAACCAGAUUACUUGAUGCUUGUGUACUGGAUUCCUAAAACUGCUCAUAGCAUUCCUGCAAAUGCUUCCCAUCGUAUAGGCAUUUGUGCUUUUGUCAUGAACGAUAAGAGAGAGGUUCUCGUAGUUAAGGAGAGGGGUGGAAAAUUCGGAGGAACAGACGUAUGGAAGUUUCCUACAGGAGUUGUGGAACAGGGUGAGGAUAUAUGUAAAGCUGCAAUCAGAGAAGUUAAAGAAGAGACAGGAGUUGAUGCAGAAUUUGUUGAAGUUUUAGCCUUCAGGCAAAGCCACAAGUCAUUCUUUCAAAAAUCGGAUUUGAUGUUUGUUUGCAUGCUACGACCUUGCUCCUCUGACAUUCAGACGCAAGAUUCAGAAAUUGAAGCUGCUCAGUGGAUGGUUGCUGAGGAUUAUGCAGCCCAACCAUAUGUUCGUGAACAUGAACAAUUCAGUUAUGUUGCCAAAAUAUGCCUAGCAAAGUCAGAGAAGGAAUAUGCUGGUUUUUCUCCAAUCCCAGCACUCACAUCCUCUGGAAAAAUAAACUAUUUGUAUUUCAACAACCGGGAUUGUGACCUAUGUACCACCCAAAGCCAGUAGUUAAGGCUCAUUUGUAGAAUCUUGUUCUGCAAAAUUGUAUUGUGUUUGUGUACACGCAAGACUUUCUAUCAUUUUUAAUUUCAAGGGUCAUAACUAUCAAUAAAAAUACAAAACCAAAUUAAUUUUUCUCCCAGUGAUUA